AAUAAGAGCAGAGCACUCUGCUCUGUCCUUUUUGCUGAUCUUUGAGUUUGGUUGAUUGACCCAAAAGUAAAAAAAAAUGAAGAAAAGAGGUUUCUACAAUUUGAAGCAUCCAUUUGAUCCAUGCCCGUUUGAGUUCUUCUGCUCGGGUACAUGGAAGCCUGUGGAAUACAUGAGGAUCCAAGAUGGAAUGAUGACAAUACGUCUGUUAGAGAACGGUUAUGUGUUGGAGGAUAUCCGUCCCUUCCAAAGGCUUCGUCUCAGAUCAAGAAAAGCGGCUUUGAGUGACUGUAUCUGUUUCCUUCGGCCUGAUAUCGAUGUUUGUGUUCUCUAUCGUCUCCAUGAGGAUGACUUAGAACCGGUUUGGGUCGAUGCGAGGAUUGUUUCUAUAGAGAGGAAGCCUCAUGAUUCUGAAUGCUCUUGCAAGAUCAGUGUUAGAAUUUACAUUGACCAAGGCUGCCUUGGGUCGGAGAAACAGAGAAUCAAUAAAGAUGCCGUGCUUAUCGGUCUAAACCAAAUCUCUAUUCUCCAGAAGUUUUACAAGGAACAAAGUACUGAUCAGUUUUACAGGUGGAAAUUCUCUGAGGACUGCACUUCCUUGAUGAAAACGAGACUGUCGUUGGGAAAGUUCUUGCCGGAUCUUUCGUGGUUGACUGUUACUUCAAUUCUGAAAAGCAUUGUGUUUCACAUAAGAACAGUGCAAACCAAGAUGGUUUAUCAGAUUGUAGCGGGUGAAGGCUCUAGCAGUACGUUGAGUUCGAUGAAUAUAACUGUGGAAGACGGUGUUUCGUUAUCAAAAGUUGUUCAGUUUAAUCCUGCAGAUAUAUUGGAUGAUUCUCAAGAUCCUGAAAUAAAGCAAGAAACCGAUUAUUUUCAAGAAGAAGAUGAGGUAGUGGAACUACGUCGGUCCAAAAGAAGAAAUGUGAGACCGGAUAGAUAUACCGGAUGUGAUUAUCAGUUAGAUACAAAUGACGGGUGGGUGCGGAUGAUGCCGUACCAGAUUGGAAAAUGGGCUGUUAGUGUGGAGAGUGAUGACGACGAGGACGAUAGCAAUGAUGCUGGUGAUACUAAUGAUGAUAUGUAUGUACCAUUAUCGCGUUUAUUCAUCAAGAAAAAGAUAACUAAUUCUCGAGAAGCGAUACCGAAAAGUAUGAAAGGCGGGAUUGUUUUGGUAGACAAGAGGAGAGUACAUGGAUUUGGUAGAAAAGAGAGGAAAUCCGAGCUUUCGGUUAUUCCUUUCACUCCGGUAUUUGAACCUAUACCGUUGGAACAGUUUGGUCUUAAUGCUAACUGUUUGGGUGGGGGUGGCAGUUUUUCAAGAAGCCAGUACUUUGAUGAGAUCGAAAAGUAUCGAUGUAAAUCCGCGAAAUACGGGAAGAAAAUGACGGAAAUGGAAGAGAUGAUGGAAUCUGAUCUAUGUUGGAAAGGUCCUAACUACGUGAAGUCGGUUCAAAAACGAACAUCCCGACCUUCGCGGUCAGUUGCUCCAAAAACAGAGGAUUCCGAUGAGCCACGGGUCUAUAAGAAAGUAACAUUGAGUGCAGGUGCAUACAACAAGCUGAUAGAUUCAUACAUGAACAACAUUGAGUCCACAAUUGCAGCCAAGGACGAGCCUACCAAUGUUGUUGACCAGUGGGAGGAGUUAAGGAAGACGAAUUUUGCAUUUAAACUGCAUAGGGAUAUGGAACAAAACUUAAGUGAAGAUGGUGAGGGAGAGACUUCAGAGAACGAAAUGUUAUGGAGAGAAAUGGAACUCUGCUUGGCUUCUUCUUACAUACUCGAUGACAACGAGGCAAGAGUGGACAACGAGGCUUUAGAAAAGGCGAGAAGUGGUUGUGAACACGAUUAUAAGCUGGACGAAGAAAUCGGGAUGUGUUGCAGGUUAUGUGGUCAUGUAGGAACUGAGAUAAAAGAUGUAUCUGCACCAUUUGCAGAACAUAAGAAAUGGACAAUGGAGACUAAGCAGCUCGAAGAAGAUGACAUAAAGACUAAGUUGAGCCACAAAGAAGGCGAGACUGAAGAUUUCACUAUGUCAAGUGAUUCUUCGGAAAUGCUUUCCGCUGAAGAAAGUGACAACGUUUGGGCAUUAAUACCUCAGCUUAAGAGAAAACUACAUAUGCAUCAACGAAGAGCUUUUGAGUUUCUCUGGAGAAAUCUAGCAGGAUCUGUGGAACCCUCGCUUAUGGAUCCCACUUCAGAUAGCAUAGGUGGUUGUGUGAUCUCUCAUUCUCCAGGAGCUGGUAAAACUUUCCUAAUAAUCGCUUUCCUCACUAGCUACUUGAAGCUAUUUCCCGGGAAAAGACCCUUGGUUCUUGCUCCUAAAACAACUUUGUACACAUGGUACAAGGAGUUCAUCAAAUGGGAGAUCCCAGUUCCGGUUCAUUUGAUCCACGGUCGAAGAACUUACUGUACCUUCAAGCAGAACAGCACAAUUCAGUUCAAUGGAGUUCCGAAACCGAGCCAAGAUGUGAUGCAUGUUCUUGAUUGCUUAGAAAAAAUACAGAAAUGGCACGCUCAUCCGAGUGUUCUUGUAAUGGGUUACACCUCGUUUACGACUUUGAUGAGGGAAGACUCAAAGUUUGCUCACCGGAAAUACAUGGCUAAAGUGCUAAGAGAGAGUCCUGGGCUUCUUGUUCUUGAUGAAGGACAUAACCCGAGGAGUACUAAGUCAAGAUUACGUAAGGCCUUGAUGAAAGUUGGUACUGACUUAAGGAUACUUCUUUCGGGUACUUUGUUUCAGAACAACUUCUGCGAGUACUUCAACACGCUGUGUUUGGCUAGACCAAAGUUUAUUCAUGAGGUUCUAAUGGAGUUAGAUCAGAAAUUCAAGACCUAUCAAGGUGUGAAUAAGGCGCCUCACUUGCUUGAGAAUAGAGCUCGUAAAUUCUUCAUCGAUAUUAUUGCCAAGAAGAUUGAUGCAGGCGUGGGAGAUGAACGUCUUCAAGGUCUCAAUAUGUUGAAGAAUAUGACUAAUAGUUUCAUUGAUAACUAUGAAGGGAGUGGAAGUGGAAGUGGCGACUCUCUUCCGGGUCUGCAGAUCUAUACAUUAGUGAUGAACUCGACGGAUAUACAGCAUAAGAUACUCACAAAACUUCAAGAUGCAAUAAAGACUUAUUACGGGUAUCCACUCGAGGUAGAGCUUCAGAUAACAUUGGCUGCUAUACAUCCUUGGUUGGUCACAAGCUCAACCUGUUGCACAAAAUUCUUCAACCCGCAAGAACUUUUCGAGAUCGGAAAACUCAAGCACGACGCAAAGAAAGGAUCUAAAGUCAUGUUUGUGCUAAACCUUGUCUACCGAGUGGUCAAGAGGGAGAAGAUCUUGAUAUUUUGCCACAAUAUUGCGCCAAUCCGUAUGUUUACCGAACUGUUUGAGAAUGUUUUCAGGUGGCAAAGAGGCAGAGAGAUCUUGACCUUAACCGGGGAUCUUGAACUGUUCGAGAGAGGUAGAGUGAUUGACAAAUUUGAAGAACCUGGAAACCCAUCCCGAGUCUUACUGGCCUCAAUCACAGCGUGCGCAGAAGGGAUUAGUCUAACCGCUGCUUCACGGGUCAUCAUGCUCGACUCGGAAUGGAACCCUUCAAAGACAAAGCAAGCUAUAGCUCGUGCAUUCAGACCGGGACAGCAGAAAGUUGUUUACGUUUAUCAGCUCUUGUCCAGAGGAACAUUAGAGGAAGACAAGUACAGGAGGACAACAUGGAAAGAGUGGGUCUCUAGUAUGAUAUUCAGUGAGGAGUUUGUUGCUGAUCCAUCUCUAUGGCAAGCUGAGAAGAUUGAAGACGAUGAUCUUAGAGAGAUCGUUGGAGAAGAUAAAGUGAAAUCUUUCCAUAUGAUCAUGAAGAAUGAGAAGGCUUCAACAGGGUAAAUGAUGGUUUAUAUACCAAAAGAAUAAUAAGAGCCUAGUAUUUUC